GAACUAUAAAUAUAGUUCUGUGGAAUUACGUGACUUGUAAGAUACUUCUUCAGUUUGUGUUUCAUGGUGCAAAGUUGUGGAGCAUUUAUUCGGAAGCCAUAUUUGUGAAAAAUCUCCUGCAGGACAUUAAUUUUGAAUUCGAGAGGAGUCGACGACCUAUUCAGGUCAGACAUCAUACUUCCCACAGAUGAAUGCCGCAUCGAGAGUAUGGGAUAUCCCUCCGCCCCCUGGCACCGAGGACGUCGACUUGGACUGUUCAAGCAGCAAAGACGAACCCAGAGAAGAGUCUCAAGAUAAAUCGGAAGAAGCGAGUUCUAGUCGCGCAGGCGACCGACUGACUCCUUCGUCAAAGAGUGCCGACGUGUCCGAUUACGAGAAGAGACACACUGAGCGGAAGCACAGGUCAAAGUCUCGAAGCCGCUCUAGAGGCAGGCACCACCGACGUAGACAUUCCCGAAGCAGGUCUAGAGACCGCCGUAGACGCUCCCGGUCGCGAUCUAGACGCCGGAGGAGACGUUAUAGCUCCUCCAGAAGCAGAUCACGCUCGCCCAGCCACCGCCACAGUCGUCACCGAUACAGCAGACGCAGGCGAUCGUCCUCUAGGUACUCCAGGUCCAAGUCUCGGUCGAAGAGCACUUCCAAGUCGCAUCGCAGGCCCCACAAGAGCAAGGUUGAGAAAGAACCGCGUGCCCACACACCUCCCUCUUCCUCAGACGAGAAACAUGUUCCCGAUGCCGACACAAACGAGGUAGACAUGAAAAUAGAGGAGGAGGAGGAAGACACCUCGAAAGACAAUGUUUUCAAGAACGACGGCACGUUCUUGGAGAUGUUCAAGAAGAUGCAGCAGCAGCAAUUGAAGCAGGAGCCGGCAGCUGUAGCCGAAGAAAGUAAGAAGCCCGUGCUUCCCACGUUCGGGAAGCGAAGAGGCGGCAAAGUUCUGAAGACGGGGAUGGUUCAGAAAGUUAGACAGAUCAACGAAGAUGAAAAUAACGCCCAGGAUGCUUGGUCGGUGUACAUGAAAGAAGUGAGGAAGUACAAGGAGGCCUGCUGUGACGACGACUCCAAAACUAGGCCUCUCGUUAAAUGAAGUGUUGUGGGAAGUUGGGGUUGCAUUGUUUUUUAUUUUUUAUAAAGUAUAUUUUCGGUCUCGGAACUUGAAGGAAGUGGUGUGAGACGAACUAUAGCUAAAUAACAAGUAUAUUAGAGCACCCAAGUACUUGAUUGAGUAGUUUAUAAAUGGUUGUCUUCGUCUUUUGGGUUUCUAUGGAUCUUUUACCCUGUGUUUUGAGUACGCAUCUGAUACUGUCAGGUGGCAACAAAUUAAAUAUUAUCAUUGAAUUUAUGUAAGUUGUUAUGUAUGACUAAAGAUUCUGGAAUAAAAUUUUUUCAGGCUAA